AUGUGCUCUGAUAGUCUCGAUAUAGUGGACCUUCAUGAUGUGAUAAUGGAAGCAAUUCAUCUAGGCCGAGUUAAAUUUGUUUCACUACUUCUCUCUUAUGGCUUCCCGAUGAAGCCUUCUUUUGGUCGAGAGGCAGCAGUAUUCAAGGCGAAGCGCGUUCUCGAAUAUUUUCUUGGAGCUAGGUGGGACAUAAAUGAGCCAGUUAAUGUUCUAAUUCCUCCUGUGCUUUACUACGCCGCCUACGCGGUAACAGACGUCGAGAUGACCAGUUGGUUUCUGGAACAUAGUGCGAACCUAAAUACGUCGUGCGAGGUAGACUACACCCCAUUAUCCUAUGCUAUUCGAAAUGCACGUCUAAGUGUCAUCAAAUUAAUGCUGGACUAUGGAGGAGAUGUGCGAAAAGGACAACUUCUUCAGUAUACCGUUUGUCGGGACGAGGGGCUAGAAGAUAUAAUCUCCCUGCUCGUCGAAAGAGGCGCCCCUUUAAAUGCGACAAUAUAUCAGGAUAGCCAGACUUUGAUGCGUUUCUAUCUUAUAAGCCUAGGGACUGCGCUUCACACAGCAACAGAGCAGGGGAAGACGAAUGCAAUCCGCCUUUUGAAGCAUCUCGGAGCAGACACUGAGGUGAAGGACGCGAAUGGCGAUACUGCUUUAGAGUGGGCACAAAAAUGGAAUAAAGCAGAAAUGUUUGUCCAAAUUUUCAUUCCUAUUCUCAGUCCUAAUCACCCUAGAUAG